GUUCCCCCAGUCCCAGUGACGCCUCACACAGUAAUGCACGUAGCCUUCCUGUCCCUGUACUUACUGCUCUGCUGCCUGCCUGACGCUGCCCCCGGGAUCACUAGUGACUAUAGCCAAGGAAUGAGUCAGAGGACUGGAUUGCUUUGUCCCUCUGCAGGCUGGACGAUUAUCUGCUGUUCUGUAACUACUGUUGGACCCCAGUGUUCCAGGCCGGCUGCAGAACUUUGUCCCAGAGGUGUGAGUAGGUCGGUAUGAGAAAUCAGCAGGCUCCUAUACCCAGAGAGAAUGUUUUCUACCCUGAGAUAGAGCCCCUGUGCUGCCACAACGCAGCUGGUGCCCGCUACUUACCUGGCAAAGGCGACAUGUGCAUCAUAGCUGCUGGCAGAGGACCUCCAACCAGCCCCAGCACUCACCUGCAGGACUCGGCACCCAGCCACCCGGAGGCUCAGCAGGACUGCACCACCAGAGAUAAAACUUUCAUUGCCCAGCCAGUGUUUGCUCCUGAAAAGAAAGAGCGACCAUUUAAGAGACAAGUAGGAGAUCUGGUCCCAAAAGCAGAACUUGGUUCCUGCGCUUCUCCAGAAAAGAGACUCCGAUCCUCCUCCUUUACCUGUAGGCCUGCUGAGACGGGUAAUGGCAUCUUGGACAAGCGAGUCCGCUCCUCUUCUUUCAGUUUCCUCACAGCCUUCCCUCCAAAUCAGCCAGCACUAAAGAACAAUGUGUUUAUGCCUCCCACCCUGCUGCAAGAGCCUCCGAAACAAUGCAGCGCGGACAGUGGUCUGUACUCCUGGACGGUGAUGAAACCAGCGACACUGCAGCCUCCGCAAGUAACUGGAUGCAAAGACUCAGAGGAAACAGAGAGUGGGACGGGGGUCACUAGAUGCCAGCUUGAACAUAAGGUUAUUACAGAAAAAAACAGCACUUUGGGAAACAAUGCCGGGCAUCCAAAAUCUCCCACCGGAUCUGCAUAUAUUUUGGCCAUGGAAACAAGAAUGCAGCCGUCUGAGCAAAUGUUUGUCCCGCACAAAUACAAAGCCGACUUUGUCUUCGGAGAGAACAUGGAGAAGAGAGUUAUGAUUUCCAAGAGUCCAACCAGUGCCCCCCAGUGCAAGCGGGAAUCAACUUCUACCAGGGGAUCGUGUAACAGGAAUUGGCCUUAUCCGAAACACAGAUCCCAUAAAAGCCUAAUAGAAUCAGCCGCGGCGUACACCUCCCGGCCCAGACAGAAGUACGAACUGGAUCAAGUGGAAGUUAUCACCGGGGAGGAGUCCGAGCGCAAUGUGCUGCAGGUUAAUUGCAAGCUCUUUCUUUUUAACAAAGAAAAUCAGUCCUGGACAGAAAGGGGACGCGGAUAUCUGAGACUGAACGACGUCGCCUCCAGUGGCAUUGGACCAUUCCGAUCGCGAAUAGUCAUGCGAAAUCACGGAAACCUGAAACUGAUCUUGAACAGCCAGAUCUUUGAUGAAAUGAAACUAGAGCGAGCCAACAGGAAGAGUCUGCGCAUCACCGCCACUGACCUGGGUGACAAUCGCGUCAAAAUAUUCCUUCUGCAGGCAAGUGUGAAGGAUGCCGGUAGGCUGUAUGCAGCCAUUCAUCAUCGACUUCUUGCACUGAGAAACUACAGGACACCGAAGCGAGAACAGAGCAUCCCAAACACUGACGCUGACACAGAAUCCCAUUUGCAGCUGCUCAACAGUGACAGUGAAGAUGAGGAAGAUGAUGAAAUGCUGCUCUAUCCCAGCAAGAUCUCUGAUCACCACCAGUGGAUCCGGAGGCAGCCUGUCCUGUACUCCUGACAAUCAGCCUUCAUUCCAAGUAUUUCUCAGCCUUGCGUCUUCGUCCAGUAACGGCACAGAGCAGCAGCGGACGGCUUUGACCACCGCUACUUUCUACCAGAACGGCACUGGGAAAUCUGGAGAGCGGAAAACCCGGCUUUCAUGCAAGUUUUCUGUGGACUGAAACCAUGAACUAAUACAUAUGCAAUAAGUAUUGUAAUAACAGCGUGUGACUGCGGGGGGAGCUGCUCACUGCUGCACCAUACCUGGAAAUCUUCACGUGUUCCAGACGAACUCAAUGAGACUGAUCGUACACUAUACCUCAAGGACAGUUAUUUGGAGUUUACCUGACUAUCUGUUCAGUGGACCCCUGAGUAUUCCCAAUGCCAACUGGUUUCUUCUCCCAAUUUGUUUUUUUCUUUCUUUUUAAAUAUCAUUUUCCUCUAAUUCUAAAGGGUAGAGAUACAUGAAACAAGGGUUGUGCAUCAUAUUGAUGGCUAGAUCCAGUUUACUUUUUAUAUGUGAUGUUUUCUUAUUUUGUGAUGUUAAUAUAUUACAAUAUAUAUGACACGAUUUGUUAUUUGGUCACAAUGGCUAAGAGUAAUUGAAGGUUUGAGGGCUAAUUAUUUUGGCUAAAAUGCAAACUAUAUAUAAAUAUCUAAUCGAAUGUCUAUUUAAAAUUGUUCAAUAAUAUAUAUUUCUAUUUUAUUAAAGGUUGUUAUAUGGUAGCGUAAUAUAAAUAAAGAGUUAAUCUAUUUAUCAGCGUUUGCCAGG